ACAGUGGGUUUUCACAACCCUGCUGCCUGAGAACUACUCUUGUCACGGCCAUUCUCCCAAGGAAACACUGCCUAGCAAAACCCAUACAAUGUGCAAGAAAUUUGUCGGAUCCUGGAAACUUGUUUCUAGUGAAAACUUUGAUGAUUACAUGAAAGAACUGGGGGUGGGUUUGGCCACCAGAAAACUUGGCAGUUUGGCCAAACCCAGACUCAUCAUCAGUGUGAAGGGUGAUCAGAUGACAAUCAGAACUGAAAGCACCUUCAAAAAUAUCCAGAUCACUUUUAAGUUGGGACAGGAAUUUCAGGAGACCACAGCAGACGACAGGAAAACCAAGACUGUUGUAACCUUAGAAAGAGGUGCACUCGUGCAAGUGCAAAAGUGGAAUGGCAAGGAAUCAACAAUACGAAGGAAAAUUGUCGAUGGGAAAAUGGUGGUGGAAUGCAUCAUGAAAAGUGUGAGAUGCACAAGAGUUUAUGAGAAAAUAUGAAGAAACUCUUCACCUCAAGUAGACUGAAAUCAAGUUUUUCAGACCUGCAUUGUUUGCAUGGUGAGGAAUAGGGAAUUAUCCACCUGCUCAUUUGUAUUGUUUCCUCUAAAAACAGUGCAACUAAACCAUAAAUACAAACUUUAAUAAACACUGUGUAAGCAAUAUGAAAGUAUUUGUGACUCAAUAAAUGAUUACCAGUGUGCAAUGCAA